AAAAAAAAAAAAAAUCAAAUCAAAAGAUUGAAGAAUUGCAAAGGGAAGGCAGAAGAUACAAGCCGCCCUUAUAAAUGAGUCUUUUCCUCUGGGUUUUAUUUGGUGGGGUUCAGCUCUCUAUGAAGAAAACACCCAGAACCUGCAAACUUCAGUUGACCGCAAAACCCAGGUAGAAAAGCUCUAAUUGGCAAUUGUAGGAAGCCCUGUUCCCCAAACUUGACCCGGGUUGGGUAUUUGUGUGAAAAAUCAAUUAAUGGGUGGUUCGCAAUUGGGAGUCAAAUCUUGGAGAUUUGUAUGCAUUUUUGUAGCUGGAUGGAGUUGAAGGGAGCCUUUUGCAGAAAUCAAUAGAGCCUGAUUUUAUCGGUCACUAUGCAGGAGAAUUUCGUGACAGUUGUCACUGAGGAUCAUGAAACAACAUGUUGGGGUUGUGGGUUGCGCCUUCUUCUUGCAUCUUACACUCCCAUUUACAAGUGCGGAUGGUGUGGAGCCAUAACAAACCCAAACACAUGCAAGCGUGAGAGCAAGUGCUUUCAAUUGAGACGUUUACGAGAUCGAUCCUUUGUUUGUAUUCUCAUCAUAUUUAUGCUCUUCUUGAUAUGUGGCGGGGUGUUGACUGUGUACCCAGUUGUUUUUUCCAUCAGUUACUUUUAUGGGAUUAUCCACUGCACCAUAACAAUGAUCUUGUCUGUGACUACUCUUUCUACGUUUAGCCUUGCAGCAUUUUGUUGCGCUGGCACACCACCAAACAUGACAUGGGGUAGUUAUCCAGUUGUGGGGAAAGGGAGCUUGGAGAACUAUACCUUUUGUCACUAUUGUUCAAAGCCGAAGUCCCCUAGGACCCAUCACUGCCGUUCAUGUGGAAUGUGUAUACUGGACAUGGAUCAUCACUGCCCAUUUAUUGGGAACUGUGUUGGAGCUGCGAACCACCGACACUUCAUUGCCUUCCUCAUUUCAGCUGUCAUCAGUACGACUUAUGUUGCAAUCAUGUCUGUAUACACAGGGUUCCACAUCUGGCCACCAUUAACUUACAGAUCUCUUGGCCGUUUGAAUGAAUCUGGUGCAGAUUCAGGUUUCAUAGCCAUGAAGGAGAUUAUUAUUGCCUUUUUUAGCUCAGCUGUCCAUCUAUCCCUGCGAGGGCUUGUUCUAGUUUAUUUGUUUGUUUCAAGUGUUUCUGUGGAGAUUGGUUUAAGUGUGCUGUUGUGGCAGCAACUCAGCUUCAUCUAUGAGGGGAAGACUUACUUGACACAGUUAAGUUCACAAGGAGAUGAUGCAGUUGGAGACAGGGAUUGCCGGAAUCUCCUCCGUUUCUUUGGCUGCCCAUAUUCUGCUUCCAGAUAUUUGACGAGUUUUUCAAAUUCUAUAAAGAGACACGAUAAGUAAAAUCCGACAGCAGAACUACAAUCCCUCUUUUCUUUUUGCCCCCACCCCUGUUAUAGUGUACACAGACGGGAAAAACAGACCACUUCCUUUGUUGUUUGUUUCCUUUUUUCUUGCCAAUUGAAUGGAGAAAGGGAAGGUGAAGUCUGGAAUUGGAGUUAGAAUACUGCCUGUAAAAUAUUAAUUCUUUUUCCCAAUCAAAUUAAAUAUUAUGCUCUGUGUUUAAA